CGGCGCUAACUAUGAGGAAACCUUUUUAUCAGAGUGCUUUACGUUAUUCCAGAGAGAGCGAGACAGAGAUGUGAUUUUAGGAGGGAGAAAGAAGCGAAAAAAUGGUGAAUGAAAAAGCAGUUUUUGAUAUAUUGAGCUCUGAGCAAAAGGUGGACGUUGAUAAUCGCCUUCCUUUAGCUUAUUACUACAGAAUUGCUUCUCAUAUGAUUAACCAGGCGAAGAUUUAUCGGGAAGAAAACAACAUUAUCGAUCUUUACAUCAUUCUGCUCAGAUUCUCCAGCUUGGUAUCAGUGACUAUACCGCAGCAUCAACAGUAUCCAACAUAUUCUGGAAAAGACAAGCUUCACUGCAAGAAGAUAUUGCGAGACUUCAUCAGUGAACUGGAAAAUUUGAAGCCUAUAGUCCAAGAGAAGUUCAAUGAGAUCAACAAACAGUGUGGAGGGCAUAACCAAAAGAUGCCUCAUUCAGAAGUGUAUGGUGAUAAAAAGUCAAGGAUGCCUCAUAAACUACACGAAGGGAAGCAUUUGCUCCCCAAUCCUGUACAGGAGCAACUAAAGAAGUUCUCUUUGGGCACUAUUUGUCCAUCUGAGGACACUUUGGCAAGACAUUCCUAUCUUGGCGGACUUCAAAGCCAACAAGAAUCAUUGUAUUCAAGGGCUAAUUAUCCAAGUAGUCCCAGGUUCAAAGACAAUUAUAGAAGCCCAGAUGGUGAAAGUAUCAGCACCCAGAUAAGCACAGGAGAUAUUGGAUUAGCAUCUGUUGUAGAAGUGUACCCUAGCACAACUCGCAUGCCAUUCGAUUCUCCUUCAACUUCUGUUCGUACUGGUGACUGUGACAUAAAUGUCCAUAUUGUUAGGCAGCCUUAUCCAUCUCCAGUUCUUGCUUGCACUCAGUAUCUCUCUCAUGAAUGGAGCACUUUUCAAUAUGCUUCUCAUGUGCCUAUUGCUAAAUCAAGAGAUAGACUUCCAAGUCCCUUUGGUGAAGAUUCCUCGGGGACUAAGGGCAUUCAAAAUGUACAUAUUUCAACAAGAUUAAUGGAAGACUUUCUUGAACUUGCUCGAGUGAACACCAGCAAGAACUUGGAAACCUGUGGUGUUCUCGGUGCUUCCCUCAAAAAUCGCACGUUCUAUGUAACGAGCCUGAUAAUUCCCAAGCAGGAGUCAACUUCUGAUUCUUGCCAAACUUUAAACGAGGAGGAAUUAUAUGCUGUACAGGAUGAAAAGUCUCUUUUUCCUCUUGGUUGGAUCCAUACGCAUCCUUCUCAAUCCUGUUUUAUGUCAUCCAUAGAUUUGCAUACUCAUUACUCUUAUCAGAUAAUGCUACCUGAGGCAAUUGCAAUUGUCAUGGCUCCCACUGAUACUGAAAGGUCUUAUGGGAUAUUUAGGCUAGCAGAUCCUGAGGGGGUAGGUGUCCUAAAGGAGUGCCAGCAAAGAGGGUUUCAUGUUCAUGAAGGGCCUAGCGAUGGAAGCCCAAUUUAUGAGCAUUGCUCUCAUGUUUACAUGAACCCCAAUCUCAGGUUUGAGAUUAUCGAUCUUCGCUGAAAACAAAUUAUAAAAUUUAAGUGUCCAAUUUGGGUGAAGACCAUGUGGAUAUAUGUAUCAUCAGUUAUUGCUUUGUCAUAUAUGAAGGAAUGCUGCCUUUAUUACAGUACUUGUAUAGUAAGCAAAAUACAUGUAAUACACCGCAUAAAUGCAAAUAAAUGAGGGGUUCUUUGUGAGUA